GCAAUGUCAGAAACCAAGCCAGGUGCUAACAAGCAGCUGGUUUCCCUGCCUGAUAGUUAAGAGCUUGUCCCUGCAGCAGGAAGGCACCUCAAGGGGCUCUGAUGGAGGAGCGGGGGAGCUCUGAUCCGGGGGUGUGAGAGCAAAGUCCUUUGCUUAGCUGCAGGGGGAAUCAGCUUCUGCUGCAGGGGCCCUGAUCCCGGGGUCCAGCUCUGGAGAGGGAACGUGCCUAGCGGCCACGUGUGGGCUGGGUGCGGGGAGGGGGGGGGGUUAGCACAGGCUGGGGCAAUAAUUAAUCAAGGGGGGGGACUUGUUUUGGUUGGGGUUCCCACGUUCUUGCCGGAGAAGGUCCCGGGAAAGCCACGCCGCCCCCCGGCGGGGGUGUUAACCCCUCCCCCAGACCGCGGGGGGGGGGGGGAGGAGGUCUGAACAGCCCCCGGCGUGGGAAGAGGGAAAUCGCGGCCCCGGCUCCCAGGGUGUGUCCCGGGGCGGGCUGUGCGGAGGCAGGAGUGUCUCCUUCUCCCUCUCCGACCCGCCCAGGGCUUCCCUCGGCUGGGAGGAGAGAGGCCGCUUUCCUGCCCGAGGACCGGGAGCAGACCCGCCGCGGAGAAAGGAGACCCCGCUUUUGGAUCGCAAACCUCCCUGGGGGGGUGAGCUUUCCCCGCGCCCCCCACCCGGGUCCCCGCCAUCCAGCCCCUGGAUUGUAAUCGCGCCCCGGGCCGUCAUGGGCGAUGUUAUCUCCACUCACCUGGAUGAGAGCCGGCGCCACUAUAUCGCAGAGAAGACUGGGAAGGUGCUGGGGGAAUUCUGCCAGUUUUACGAGGAACAGUAUGGAGUCGCGCUCUUCAACAGCAUCCGGUAUGAAAUUGAGGGCAACGGAGGGCCGCAGUCCCAACUGCUCUACCGCAAGGUCCCUCUGGACGACCGCGUCAUCAUCUCUGGGAACCUCUUCCAGUACGUGGAGGAAAACAAGAAGUGGCGAAACCGCUUCAGUGUCGUGCCGCACAACUACGGCCUGGUCCUGUACGAGAACAAACUGGCCUAUGACAGAGAGAUUCAGCCUCGAGUAGUCCUCAACAGCGCUGGCUACAAAAUCCUCACCUCGCUGGACCAGUAUCUUGACCUUGUCAAUAGCAGUUUACCAGGGACAACCCCCAAAUCCGGCAAUGCCCCGAUCCUCAAGUGCCCCACCCAGUUUCCUCUCAUCCUUUGGCACCCGUACUCCCGUCACUACUACUUCUGCGUGAUGACCGGCAAGGAGCAGGACAAGUGGCGAGCGGUGUUCCAGGACUGCGUGCGACACUGCAACAAUGGGAUCCCAGAGGACUCCAAGGUGGAGGCUCCAGCCUUUACGGAUGCUGUCCGCAUGUACCGGCAGUCGAAGGAGCAGUACGGCACUUGGGACAUGCUCUGUGGCAACGAGGUCCAGGUCUUGAGCAAUCUGGUGAUGGAGGAACUGGUCCCAGAACUGAAAAACAUGAUCAGCCCCAAGCUGAAGGGCAAGGCCCAGGAGAGGCAGAGACUCUGGAUACAGAUCUCGGAUGCUGUCUACAGACUCGUCUGUGACCAGAUAAAGGCGCACUAUGAUGCAGUGGUGACCAAAUGUGAGCUGGAGCGUCCCAGAAUGGAGAGCAUCAUUCGCACAGACAUGGAUCAGAUCAUCACAUCAAAGGAACACUUAGCCAGCAAAAUCAGAGCCUUUGUGCUGCCCAAAGCAGAGAUCUGUGUCCGAAACCACGUGCAGCCCUAUAUCCCUUCCAUCCUGGAGGCGCUGAUGAUUCCCACAAGCCAGGGUUUUGCCGAGGUCCGGGAAGUGUUCUUCAAGGAGGUCACUGACAUGAACAUGAACGUAAUCAACGAGAGUGGGAUGGAGAAGAUGGGAGAGUACAUGGAGAAGCUCUCUCAGCUGGCCUUCCACCCUGUCAAGAUGCAAUCCUGCUAUGAGAAGAUGGACCAGCUGAAACUGGAGGGGCUUCAACAGAGAUUUGAUGUAUCCAGUGCCUCUGUAUUCAAGCAGAGGGCCCAGAUCCUCAUGAGACAGCAAAUGGACGAUGCCGUUCACACGUUCGGGACGCUCCUACACCAGGAGCUAGCGAAGAUGCUGGGCAAGGAGGAGCUGUGCAAGUCAAUCCAGCGGAUCCUCGAACGGGUGCUCAAGAAAUACGACUAUGACAGCAGCACCGUGCGCAAGAAGUUCUUCAGGGAAGCCCUGCUCCAGAUCACCAUCCCCUUCCUGCUGAAGAAGCUGGCACCAACCUGCAAGGGGGAGUUACCAAAGUUCCAGGAACUGAUCUUCGAGGAUUUUGACAACUUCAUCCUGGUGGAGAACACGUACGAGGAGGUCAUGCUGCAGUCGGUCAUGAAGGACAUCAUGCAGGCUGUGAAGGAGGCAGCGGUGCAAAGGAAGCACAACCUGUACCGGGACAGCAUGGUCAUGCACAACAGUGACCCCAACCUGCACCUGCUGGGCGAGGGCAUGCCCAUCGACUGGGGAGAGGAGUUCGGCAGCCAGCCGGACUCAGACCCAUCUGCUGAGAAGCGCCGCAGAGCCAGGCAGGUGGUGUCGGUCAUCCACGACGACGAGGGAGCCCUGCCCUAUGAGGCCAGUGCGGAGGUGCUGAUGCACCAGGUCUCCCAGGAAGAGCUCGGGUUGGAGAAGCUGGAGGCCUGCCCUGCCCUUGCUGCACCGGGUUCUCCUGACAGCGUGCAGGGGAUACGGGGGAUGCUGGUGAAGGAGCUCUGUGUGGAGACCCCGGCCCCGGCCCCGGCAAGAGAGGAGGCAAAGGAACCGCUGACGAAUGGUACAAUAGUCCAGCAGAGCGGCGGCUCUGAGGAGCGCGGGGUGGAGCAAGCUGCUCAGAAGGCCGAGGAAGGCCCUGGUUCCUUGGAACACUCUGCCCCGCAUGACGCUGGCUCCCCAUGCCCAGUGAACCCGGGGGUGGAGGAGCAGGAAGCCAAGCCAGCCGUGCCCACCUCUCCAGCCAAGCCACCUGCCCUGACAGCUGCCUCAUUGCUUGCUGAGGGGGGAGUUGAAGUGAACCGCCACGAACCCAAUGACAAGGAGACGGGGGAAGAGGUGUCCACCCAGGCCCAUGUGGAGAAGGUGGAGCCUGCCCAGCUGGCCACAGAGAACAGCGCGGGGUCCACAGAGAACAGCGAGGGGGUGCAGACUCAGUUCUAGGUCACCCCUCCGCCCCGGUCGAGAUCCCUGUUGGCUGUGUGCCGAAGGUGGACUGGAGUCAGUGACACCAGGAGGGUGGGUGGGGGGCUCGUAGGCUGGGCCAGUCACUGGCACUGGUAGCUGUUACAUUCCCAGUUUCUGAAGCAGGCUCGGCUUCGGACACCAGCGUCCCAGGGAAGGGGGUGGGGGGAGCCACCGAGAUGGAAGAUCUCCUAAACUGCACACCCACUUAGAGGGGAGCUGUGUGCUGGCCAGAACCAAGCCGCCAUGCUGGGCCAAGCCAUUGCCCCUCCUCCCAGGACCCUAGCUCAGCAUAGGAUACCCACCCCCUCCACACAUGCACACUUUGCUCCAUCUUAUUUUGUUGUUUUCCCUUUAUUGAAAAGACACUUUACUGCAUCAACUAACAAGAGUGUGACUGUGGGAAUGCCUGGGGUUUCCCCCUAGGCAGGAGCUCCUGAGGACAUCUGCACAGCAUAUGCCAGUGGGCACCCGAUGCCCCAGGGGGUGGGUUUUGUAGGGAUUCCCAUUCCCCUUCCAACAAUCCAGCCCUUCCCUUCGUCUGAUAUUUCAGUCCAACCAAAGAGGUCAAUGCUGCAUGCCACACUUCUUUGUCAAGCACAUCGGCUGCAGUCAGAGGCCACCUACCGGUAUUGAUCAUUUCUCCUCCUAACGAGCCUGCAUCCAGGAUCUUGGCUUAGAUAGAAUGUGCACUCCCCACCCUCUGCCCUUGCGAAUGCUGAACACUGCUCCGCCAGGAAAGACGUACCUUUUCCCCAAGCCAAAUGGCCAAUGUAGGUGACCCUUGUUUGCUACUAAGCACUGUUCAAGCCAGCGCCAUGACUUUAACAUGUCUUGCCGCACGCUCUGGCAGAGGGAGGGUUAAAUGAGUCACAAACGAACUGGAAUCCAUCUUUUCUCAUUGGCCCCUAAAGAAGGAGAGUCAACAGCGGAGGAUGGGGCUGUUGCUUGCAUAGUUCUGGCCACAUUAGUGCAUCGCUGAAGAAUAAAUAGAACUAGUUGGUGUGGGUAAUACAGGGCAGCACCUGAACUCUGUUGCUCCUGGCCUUCCUUGCAUGCGCUGGUCUGACUGUGGGUUCUGCUGAUGGCUCCAAAGAUUGUCCACUUGUAGGGCCGGUUGAGGGAUGGAAGGAGCCACAAAUACCUCUCAACUAUCCCCAUCUCCUCCACAUCCCUCUUCCCCUAUUAUACACACAGGUUAAGACUGUGACGUAAACUUGAGAGUUCACACCGGGCUUGCGGGAGAGAACUGGUGUUCAUGGAAAGAGACGACGAUGAUGGUUGGUCAUGCGUAGAUUGAGCUGUAAGUGGCUGAUGCUAUCCAGUGCCAUUCUGCUCCUGGGAGCCUUUAGUGGAUGCUUGAUUCCCUUGUUCAGUUAAAAACGAGAAUUGAGAUAUAUCUCUGAAGUUUUAGAACCAGCCACUUAUUUUUCUUUCCUCCCCUCGCUUCUGGUAUGUGGUUUCUCCAAAGCCCCAGUGAGUGGUGGCCCCACCACUCAUCACUUUCCUUUGAAGCCCCCUGCAGCCUUGAACCUACCAAAGAUGGUGCCCAACAAGCUUAGCUGGAUGGUUUACAAAUGCUCUUAAUGGCCACAUGAAUGUUGUUGAUAGACUGUCUUCUUCUCUUUCCUUAAAAUGUGGAGGGGGUAAGGGGAGAGAGUGGAAACCUCCUUGGAAGACCAGGGUUGGUGAAAGAGUGUAUUCGGAAGCUUUUCAGGUGGGAAUGGAGAGGAAGUUGGCUUUUGAGGGAGAGAAUUAAAGGUCUUGGAGAAGGCCAGAAAUCUAGGUGCGUGGUUCAGAAGGAGAGAUGAGUAAGGGCAAGUCUUGACAUAACUGCACAAUGGAAGCUCCUAUUGCACCGGAGGGGAGAGGGACUGGCAGGGAGGAGGCUUAAGUGUCUGAAGUUGUAGGAUUCUGGCUGGUUGCUAAUCGGCGUUUCCCUUCUGCAUGUGAUGGUGUGUUUAGGGCUCUUAUUUUCAUUGGGCUUGCUUUUGGGGAGUGCUGGGUAGCUCCUGGAUAGGAGGUGGCUUGGGGUGAGCUGGGCUAUUUGUUGUUGUUUUUGAGAAUCUCCUAACAGUAGUGAGAGAAACAAGUGCCUUAGUGGGGAAAGGGGUCUUGAUACAACCAUGCCCAGCUCUUGGCAAUCAUCAACCCAAUGGUGAAUUUCAUUGCACUGAGGGUGGACUGGCCGAAGAUACUUUUUCCUGUCCCAGGAGAGUGGAGGUAUGGCUUAGGGAGGAGAGAGACAGCUACUCCUGUGGAGGGAAUGGAUGCAACUUGUCUGCAUACCUUUUUUUCCCCCAGCCAGUCAGGAAAACCUCUAAAUAUGGGGGGGGAGUAUGGGGGGGUGUCUCGCUUUCAUUUUCCCACUGGGUCCCUAGUUAUGUUCCCCCCCCCCCCCCGCCAUCCAACUCUUCUGGAAAAGCUUUGCUGAGAUUACAUGCUCUUCCCAGCAUGAUCUGUGUGCUGGGAAUAAAUCUCCCUGUUCCUUUAUGAGACUGUGCUACCCCAGCAUGCCAACUAAAUCCAUCCUGGCCCCCUGGGGAUAUUUGACUUUGCUGGGGUAGUUAAGACUUCACAUGACAACAGGGUCUCUUAGUGGUGCCCAGUGUGAAGCCAAUGCCUCGUGGGCUUAGCUCGUGUUGCAUUGCAAGGGUUAAGUUCUCCUGGAAACUCCUGACAUGGUGGGGGGGAGAGGAGAGAGAGAGAGAGAGAGGAGGUUCACUGGCUCUGUCUGCCCCCACUGGGCUUUGGGGUUGGUGCAAACAAGUUAAACUUCUGGAAUUAAGUAACCUUAAAGCAAAAGCUUAGAUGUGGAAUGCCACCCCCUCAGACUGUUAUGUGGAUCCUAUUGUCCUUGCACCAAGAGCGAAGGAGAGGGGAGCCCUGUAGUUUUUCUGUCAAAGGCAAGACCGGUGGAAGCAUGCACAGGAAUCCAGCUCCAGCCCUGCUCUGGCCAAGCUCCGAGAAAGGUGCUAAGUUAGCUCAGAUGGAGUUAGCCAGAGUCUUUCAGUGGAGACGGUCAAAUGACUCCUCUGUGUGGGCACAACCCAACUUGCCAGACUUCUGCUCUUUGUGGGGCCCUUUUCAGGAGCUGGGGGUUUGGGGAGAACAGAAAUGUUCCCUGGCCAAACGCAGGGGACGGCAGAUGCUGCUGAAUUGGGUUUCUCCAGAUCUCUCUCAGGCAUCUCUGUACAAGUGCAUUGAGUCGGACCCCCAGCCAGGAGCUCAGCUGAACACUAGGGGUGGUAUAUAACCCAAUACGCACUGGGACAUCCAUACCUCUCGUGGGUGACCUGUGUCUCAGACUUCCAUUGACGCUAAGGGGAACUGGGGUCCUGUAGCUAGCUGGGGAAUGGACUCAGCAGACACACAAGCUGCAUGCAGGUAAUGUGAUGUUUAAAACAUGAGAUACAGUUGAAACACCUGGUAUAAAGUCUCCUGAAUGAGCUGCUUAGAUCUUCAAUGCAGAACAUGGAGCAGGAGCCCGGCCUUGCAAUCCUGCCCUCUGCUACAGAUACAUUCCAACCUCCAUGUGUAUUUUAGAUGCCAUUGUUUUCUAUUUUUAAAUGGGUGGUGCCCAGCCUAAACCACUUGGGACCUCCCAAAGUGCCUUUCCUUGGGAUCAAAACCCAUCUCUUCCAAGAUAUUUUAUUGAGAAUGUUAUACAAAUGUUUAAAAUAUGCUUCUAAGAAUAAAUAAAACCCAGCUUUAUUUAAAGCUA